AUGUCCAAAACUAAAAAAAAGAAAAAAAUUUAUCAAAAACCAACUGAAGAGCAAUUAUCAUAUUUACGUAACAAGUCUAAAGUUAAAAAUACUCAUAGGUCAACACAAAAUUGGAUCAAUAAAUUUCAAGAAUAUCGUUCAGAUGUUAGACUAGAAGGGGCACCAGAAGAUAUAGAUGAUACUUCCAAACUAGAAACACAACUUUGUGAAUAUUUUACCGUGGCUAAAAAAAAUGAUGGAUCAGAAUAUACAGUAUCAUCUCUUUUGUCUGCAAUUAGGCAAUCAAUAGAUUUUACAAUUCGAAUAUUAGUAAAGUCAAACCUGUUGAUUUGUGCGACAAAAAGUUAUUUCCUAGUUUAUAAAAUAUUAAUUCCUGCCAACAAUCCUAAAAUAAUUGCAGAUUAUGAGAAAUAUUUUUCAAAGCGGCCAGUUGAUGCUGAUCCUGGAUUUUAUUUAUAUCCAAUUGAUAUCAG